GAGAGACCGUUUGAAAGAGACGUGCGUUGCGAGCGAAUUCGCGCUGUGAUAAACCGAAUAGCCGAACGAACGAGAAUAGUGCCAAGUUAGCGAGUGUCGUAGGAAGAGGAGCGAAGCCGGCCGGGUGUCGAGCCAGCUGACAGCAUGUUUCGUUCCAAGAAGGACGUUGAUCGUCAUGUGCAGAGUAUCUUCAGCAAACUGCGAAGCGAGAGCGAGAAAAACCUUCGCUGUUACAAUGUUGCCAAACUGUAUUAUCAAGUAGGUGAUUAUGAAUCUACUAAAAGAUAUGUAUCCAGUUAUUUAGAAAUACGAGAUGGUUCUGCCAGUGCACACAAAUUGUUGGGUCAGGCAUAUGAAGCUCUUGGCCAAAAAGAAGCAGCUUUUAACGAGUACAAAAUUUCUCUUGAACUUGAAGGAAGACAAGAUGAUCUUGUCUUAAAAGUAUGUGAAUUAUUGGUUGACAUGAAUCUAGGAAUGGAUAUCAAUAAAAUAAAAUAUUGGAUAGAAAGAGCUGACAAACAAUUUCCACAUCAUCCAGUAGUUUUUCAGUUGAAAGAAAAAAUGUUGACUGUAGAAAAACCAAACAAUAGCAGUGAUGAUCUCGAAGCACUUAUCAAAUCUGAAUUGACUGCAAGACCAAAUGAUGUCCAGCUUCGCAUCAAAUUGUUAAAUCAUUAUAUGUUGGAAAACAAAUUGGAUAAAGCUUAUGAAUAUGCUGCUUGUGUGGAAGCUACUGUUUGUCACAGAAGUAGCAUUGUGUGGUAUCAGCUACUAUACGAAUUACUAACAAAGUGUAAAGAAACUAAAUCCUUUGAUUGGUCCUUCUGGUUUUUUUAUAUAUCUGUAUCGGAUAGAUAUACAGCACUGUGUCUCAAGGAACAAGGCAGUGAUAUAAAGAAAAGCAUUUCAGAGGCCACACAAGCAGUAUUCAAUUUUGAUCAAAAUCUGCGCGAAAUGGAGCUAAAAAACUUUUCUAAGCAGCACGCUUUUACGGAGCACUUGUUUACACACAUGUGGGGUCAGUUACACUUCCAUUUAGCAUGCUUAUUAUUGCGCAAAACGAAACGCGAACAAGGUAGCUGGAGCGAAACAGGAAGACUAUGCGCACCUUUGUUGUUAGUUGCUUUACAUAUGGCUCCACUGGAAACCCGUACAGGCAUGCAUCUAGAGGAUGACGCAUUUAAGAAUCAAUUAAAUAUAUGGAUCAAAGAAGCUGCGUAUCGGUGCUGUCAAGCUGGUUACAUUCUUCAAAACUAUGCUAAAGAUGAUGCAAAGAAAUUAUUGGAUAGAAUUGAUAAAUUUUGCACAGGACUUUGGAGGGAGCGUAUCUAUCAGAGAAUUUUUGUAAUCAGAGUGCAUCUUGAUCAUGUGCAAAGUUCAUUUUUUUGCCAUCAUUCUGCUUCUGAUCCACCUCUACGUUUCUGUACUUCAAGUCAACUGAAACAUUACAGUCAAACUGCACAAGAAGUGUGGCCCGCUUCUUUGCAUCAUCAAAUCUGGCUCGGAAUGGAGAAUCGACCUCAACAGAAAGACGCUCCAUAUCCAGAUCAAUAUUCACGUGUAUUUCCAUCGUUGCAGUUUUCGGUAUUCAAUACAAGCCAGGCAGCACCCGACAGUUUAUGUCUCCUCGACAUUGACGCGUUUCUUAACGCGGCUAUACUCUGCUCAUCUGCCGUUCUGGAGGAACAACAACUCGGUAGUUUCAUCAAUCCCGAAAGACUGCCAACACUACCGAUCGAUUUAACUGCGACGUUGUCUACCAGCAAUCAGGAAAAAUGGUGGUCUGCGGCGUACAAGAUGUGUUCUAAGCGACAGGACGUAGAAGGCGAUAUCGGCGAAUUGCGACAGGAAUUGCAACAAGGUUUGGAAGUCGUUCGUUGCAUCGGCAACCACGGUAUGCAUCCGGUGUUGUUGGUGCAUCUGGCACGCAUGUUUCACUAUCGCGCAAAGACGACGAAAGAGAAGGAUGCGAAGAACGGCUACAUUCCCAGAUGGGAGACACGUUCCGAGCUGUAUUGGACCGCCGCUAUACCGCUGUUGGAAAGACUGCAGAAUAAUCAAACUUUACGUAUGUCAUCGUCAAAACUGUUCAACUAUCAGGGCAAGGAGAUGAAUAACUUCGAGUUGACAACCGCUCUCGAAGAAGGCAAGUUGUUGCUGGCGCAGCGGCUCGUGCGCGACAAGCAAUACGAGCAAGCGAUCGACGCUCUUCAGGCACUCAAAUGUCCGGAGGCGUCGUUCCAACAAGCGCAGAUCUACAAGAUGUUCGCGGACGAAAUAGUAAACUCCACGCCCCGCGAGAGCCUGACAUCAGAGAUGCGAUCUCAACACGUCAUAAUGUUGUCGAAGGCAAGAAACUGUUUCUACCUUACGUUGGACCGACUUCGUAGUCCCGGCACGAAUCCCAAACACCCGCUGAAUGCCGAGCUCGGCACUCAUAUCACCGAUAUCGAGAACGAGUUGAAAAGAAUAGAUCCGGAUCUGGGUAGAGGCGAUUUGAGUAGGAACGAUCUCGACAAUAUAUCCGACGAGAGUUACUCGCCCACUCACAGCGCCGCGGAUCAAACAGUCGCGAAUCCGGCAUUGCUGACAGCACUGACCGGCAAUAACUCGAACAUGCUGAGCACUCCUCAAAGGAACGCUCAUCGCACGCCGCGUCACGCCAGCACACCAUGCAGACUGCAAUAUCAGGAUUAUUUGAAUCUGUCGAAGAAUCGUACAGAAGCGCGUCCGAGUCCGGAGCGUCUCGACGCCCAGAUACGUCAAAUCAUGCAAUCUUGGGACAACGAGAUGCAGGAACUGAUGGAACAGAUGAAAAGCAUGACAACACAGAUGAAGACGUUAAAUGACAAAGUGGACACUCUGACGAAGGAGGUGAUGGAGUCACGUAAAGAGAAUCAGAAGCAGCAACAGCAGCAGCAGCAGCAGCGAAUCCAGCAGAAUGUCGUCAAUCCCCCUGUCGAUCCCGACGAUUUCUACGUCUUCGACGACGACGAGUACGCCGAUUUGGGCUACCAGAAUCAACCAACCGGACCGGCGUCUUCGAUCUCCGGUAACAUAUUCGCGUCCCAGCACGCUCGACAUCCUUAUUCGUCAUUGGUGUAUCCUUCCGCGGCGGCCGCCUUCCAAGGAUAUUAUCAGGGCGGAAUACCAUUUACUGAUCCAAAUACUCAAGCGGCUAUAUCAUCCUUGUAUCCGCACACUGUCUAUCCGAUGCCAGUACUGUAUCCCAAUCAGUCAAAGGUACCGGAUAAUCCAUUGCAGCAGGGUCUUUUCGCAUCGACGCUUUCCUCGCAGUUACCCGAUCUUAUGCCGGCAGCAGCUGCAGCGAAUGCAACGUCGUUGCAGAUACCACUGAAACAAAAAAUCGAAACACCACGGACGAAACCUGAGACGACUAUGACAUUGACAACUACUACAACGACGACGAUUAUCAAAGACGCGCCAGUGAACAAGGCGCCGCCCGUGAACGUUGUUAUCACGACGUCUGAUAUACUACCGACCACGACGCCGUCGAUUCAACCUACCUUGAGCGUCACCAUACCACCGCAGUAUCGCCUGGGAGGAGGAGCAGUUGUCACAUUUUCCACACCUAUGACGACAGCAGCGACGGCGACGACGGCUGUAGCGCCAACGACGAUGACAACGAAACCGUCGAACGCACCACAUUGUUAUCAAAUUGCCAUGCCUUCGCAGGCUACUAUACCAACGACUGUCAAUUUACCGCCAACUACCAUCUACGUAACACCACCUAGCAUCAACGCACCACCAAUCUAUGCGAAUCUAACAACAACCAAUACGUCGUCUACGAUUACUCACACGACUCCUAGCAGUACUCUGUUAAACACUCAGAUUAAUGCUACCAAGGGACUCGAUAAAACUGUUAAUAUUACCAAGACUAUCUACGAACCAAUUGACUCGCCGAACACGUCUACUGAAAUAUGCGAACAGGAGCACGAUCCGAUACCGGACUUCGUGCCGGUCAUACCUUUGCCCGCAAAGGUGAAGGUUACUACUGGUGAAGAGGACGAGGAUAUUCUGUAUUGCGGCCGGGCUAAGCUAUUCCGCUUUGUCGAUAAGGAAUGGAAGGAACGUGGUGUCGGUUAUGUGAAACUGCUACGUAACAUCGAAGGUAAGGUACGCCUACUGAUGCGUCGCGAUCAAAUUCUAAAGAUCUGCGCGAAUCAUAUGCUAAGACCAGAUAUGGAAUUGACCCCUAUGACGAACAACAACAAGGCUUUAUUCUGGGUCGCUAACGACUUCGCCGAUGAAGAAAUGAAACUGGAGAAACUCUGCAUCAGGUUUAAAACUGCUGAAGACGCAAUGGCGUUCAAAGAGGCUUUUGAUCAAGCGAAACUCAGCCUAAAUGCAACAUCUCCGGAAAAGACCACUGAUAAAACUUCUUUUUUCUGCGAUACGUCUAAGAGUCAGAAAGCACAACCGACGCAACAAGCUAAGAUAAGUUCGACGACGGAAACAGUUUUGUCGGAAAAAUCGAAAUCGGGCACGACGACGCUAGGAGGAUUUUCCUUCAGCUCGAAACCUAUCAUUCAGGAAGUUAAAGAUGUCGAGGCGAGUGAUUCCAAGAAGUCCGAAGAAACGCCGAAAGUCAGUCCGUUCAGCGGAUUUACGUUCAAGUCGCAAAGUAAGCUCGAAGCUGCGAAAAACACUAUGACCACCGCAACAAGCGCCACGACGCAAUCUGCAAAGUUUCUUUUCUCCUCGACUUCGGUAACAAUUCCGUCUGAUUCGAAUGCGACGUCCAACACAUCGUCGAUAUUCACCUCACCCGCACAAUUAUCCAGCCAAAAUUCUACGGGACUGAGAAGACCUCGUUUGCCGCCACCUUCUGCUAUGAAAUCAGGAUCUAAGGAUGAGGAAGUGCAGUUGCAGACUGAAAGCGAGUACAAGUUAUUCGACGGAACAGCAAGUCUCCAAUAUACCAGCGGUGUAAACACUAAGUCGAAAAACAAAGGAACAGGACCAGUAGUGCUAUUAUUGGACGUGAAAUCCGGCAAAAUUCGUUUGCUACUGACAGACAACAAGAACUCCAAGGUUUACAGUCACGAAAUAUCCCCGAAUACAACGUUUGCUUAUAAGAACGGCGCUACAGUCGUCACUUUGACCGGGAAUAAAGAAUCCAAUAAGAUGGGAUUGUUACACAACGUGAGCUUCAACACCUCGGAAUUAGCCUCGCAGUUCUAUGGUGUCGUGACGAGCUGCCAACAGAAGUUAAUCAGGGGCUGCAGCCCAAGUGAAGUCGCAAAGGAGCUCGAAAAGAAGGUGUCGUCUAGUGACAACAAGAGCCAAAACGCACAGACAAAAUCUCAACCCCUACCAUCGUUGUCGGAACUGUACAAGCCGCCGCCCGGUUCCUGGGAAUGCAGUGAAUGUUACACUAGAAACAACGCUACGGAUCUGAAGUGCAUGGCCUGCGAGGCUCCAUCACCAUCUUUGACGGCAAAUAACAAGAGCAGCUCCGUUAACAACAAGCCUGUCGACAAACCACCAUUGUCGGAGUUAUAUAAACCGCCUGCCGGCUCCUGGUCCUGUCCAGACUGUUACCUCGUCAAUUCUGGCACAAACAUCUACUGCGUCGCUUGUGACAAACCUAAGGAUCCGUCACAACCGCCCAAGCCGCCGCAGGUUAACAUAUUCCAGCUGCCAUCUUCCUUAACGACGCCAAUUACUACGUUUUCCUUUGGCAUUCCUAAGGACGCCGGUACCGGUUUCAGUUUCCGGAUGCCAAAGGCAGAAGAUAAAAAUGUGAUUGAUAGUACGAAGACUAUUCCGCCUAAAUCCGAGGAGGGUCCAAGGAGCUUUGUGUUUGGUAUGCCGGUGAAAUCCACCACUAAUUCGGAUGAUACACCGUUUACCUUCGAUUCUCCCGCCAAGUCGUUCGGUUUUAAUUUCGCAGCAAAGUCGCCGGCUAAAUCACCUGGUGGUGGCGGUGGUGGCGAGACCAGCGAGGAUGAGGUGGUGGAAAGUGAAGACGUUCAAUUCUCGCCGGUUAUACCAUUGCCGGACAAGAUCGAAGUGAAAACCGGCGAGGAGGACGAGGAGGUGUUGUAUAGUCAUCGAGCGAAGCUUUACAGGUUUGACACCGCCGUGAAGGAGUGGAAGGAACGUGGAUUAGGUGAUAUCAAGUUGCUACGCCACAAAGAGACCGGCAAGCUGCGUCUGAUCAUGCGACGAGAUCAUGUGCUGAAACUGUGUCUGAAUCAUCAUUUAUCCAGCGAGCUAGAGUUUACGUCUAAGGACGAGAAAACGUGGUUGUGGACCACAGGAGAUUAUAGCGACGGCGAGCUCGAGUAUAUGCAGUUUGCCUGUCGCUUCAAGACGUCCGACAUCGCGACAGAUUUCAAGAAAGCAAUCGACGACGCGAGAAAGAAUAUUGGAUCGUUUCCUAGCAGCAGCAGCGAGAAAGUGAACAAGUCCGCGACAAUAAAAACACCGACACAGACGGUCGAGGAAAUCGAGAUCGUCUACGAGGCGAAGGUCACUCCGGAGGAGAAGGCGGCUGCCUUAAAACUGCAGUUACCAGAGAACUUCUACGCCUAUAAACAAAAGGAAGAUUGUCCCGGCUGUAGGGGAUGUAGAAAACCGAGCGUAGUCCUAUAUCCGGAUAAUUCUACUCAAGACUCAACACAAUGGAAAUCGUUCGUAGCGGAAGAGAAGCCGCUAAAUCUAUCAAAACUCGUUUCUAAUGUGACUACGUCGAGCGACCCCAAAAGUACUGAUCCUGUUCAGAACAUAACGCAAUCCUCGUCUGUGAAAAAUGGAUUCUCCUUCACUACACUUCCUCCAACGACGUUUAUGUCAUCCUCGGAUACAUCGAACAUUUUUGACAGUUCCACGAUGAGCUUUGGCACCGGCGAUCUAAAGCUGUUCAACGACAAGAAGACUACAACCUUCUCAUUCGGCAUGAACUCGCCGCAGUUCAGCAGCAACGAAACGACGAACACCACGCUUGAAAAUGUCAAGAUCUGCAGUCCUUCCAAUGCUGAAACCGCGCAAACCACUGCUUCCAAUCUAAUAAGCACAGCCAUGCAAUCGACGUUGUUUAGUCAGGGGACGUCGCCCGUGUCUAUAUUCAAAGCUCCUACCUUCACGAUUGAUUCUAGUAAGAAUAUUUUCGGCGGUGCCACUAAAACCACAAACGCGACUUUGCCGAAGACGUCUAUGUUUGGGGGUAGCCUCGAUGGAGGUAACAACUCCUUCAACACCAUGAAGACGACCUCCACUGCCGUCCCUGCGACGAGUUCCAUUCCGAAGAUACCCACGUCGACUAUAACUUCCACCAUGGGAUCUAGUUCGUCGUUCCUGUUCGGUUCGACGAUCGCGCAGUCGACUUCCAAGGCCAACGACAACGCCGCUGUCGCGUCAACGAUUUCUAAUCAGUCAACUAACUCGGUGUUCAACACCAGUUCUACGCCCUUUUCUAAAUUGACGUUUGGUGCUCCGACGUUCGGUAAUUCUACAACGACGACGAUGACGACGACGACGGGCAUCUUUAGCGCAACGCCGGCAACGAUGACGACGAACAUCUUCGACGCGGAACCGUCUGAGAGUAUCCAGAAGAAUGAAGGGGACAAUCCCAAUUUUUUCAUCACGAAUAAUAUAUCGUUCUCGGCACUUGCUGCAGCGGCGGCGCAACCGGAAGCCUUCAAAGUUGAUCCCAACUUUUCAUUCGCUGGUGCGGGAUCGUCAGUAUUUGGUUCGAAACCUACCACAUCCUCUUCAUCUCUGAACAGCUUAGCAGCUGUCCAGAACAAAUCGCAUGACGAUUCCGUACAAAAGGAGGAUAAUGAAGAGGAUGAUGGUGAAGUGGAUAAUGAACAGGAGCACGAUCCUCACUUUGAACCCAUUAUACCUUUACCAGAUGCCAUCGAAGUUCGAACCGGCGAAGAAGAUGAAGAAAAAGUGUUCUGCCACAGAGCCAAGUUAUACAGAUACGACAACACCACGAAGGAAUGGAAAGAACGCGGAAUCGGCGAGAUGAAGAUUCUUUAUCACGCGGAUCACGGCAGUUAUCGGUUACUGCUGCGCCGCGAGCAAGUUUACAAGGUCGUUUGCAACUUUCUUCUCACCCCCGACGUGGAGUUCCAUCCGCUCGCCACAUCGGAUCAAGCUUGGAUGUGGGCUGGUAUGAAUUAUGCCGAGCAGGAACCCUGCGCCGAGCAAUUAGCGAUUAAAUUUAAAUCACCCGAUCUGGCUCGACAGUUUAAAGCGCACAUAGAUAGGAUUCAGCAAGAAUUGCACGAAAAGAGAAAUAUUCAAGGUGAGAGAUGCAUUGGCGAAGUGGAGGAGAGCGAAGAACAUGAUCGAAACGACGUAGAUGAAGAAGAGGAUGAUGAAGAAAAUGAUGAAGAUGUAGAAGAGGACGACGAGGACGAUCAGGAAUUAGUUCCGAUAAUUGAGAAACGUGCCACUGUAUUCGCGAGAUGGCCGAACGAAGCUAAGUGGGAGAUUGUAGGUUUGGGAAAUCUGGCAAUCAUUUACGAUUCUGAUAUCUACGCAGAAAGAAUCGCGCUAAAGCUUGAUGACUCGGAUGAAUAUGCGAGUAAUACUAUUAUUGCCAUGGAUGCAGUGAUGGAGGUGGAAGGCAAAGAAUGUAUUUGGAGUGGGAUCGAUUACGCUUUAGAGCCUCCAAUGAAGAGAAUUUUAAAAGCAAUCUUCUCAUCAGUACAAGCAGCGCAAGAGAUACAUACGUUUUUCGAAGAUGGAGUGGACAGCGCGAAACAAUCCGGUGUCGUCGAGUACCAAGAAGAAGAUUUAGGAUCUUGAGCUAAUAUAAGUAGUUGAUUUACACGUUAUUAUUAUUAUAAUUCACUCUCAACCUUCCUAUUUUUAGUUUAUA